UGUGGCUUGACGGGGGCAGUGGAAGUACUGAACCAAGUUGCUGCUCGCUGGUGCCAACGCCCGGCGAAACAGAUAUCUAACGUUAGAGAGCAAAGCUACGGAGGGGCGCUGCUGACGUUUUUGCCAGCUGAUACAUACAGAAAGCACAGAGAUGCAGACUAUCAAAUGUGUGGUGGUGGGUGAUGGAGCAGUGGGAAAAACCUGCCUAUUGAUUUCAUACACCACCAACAAAUUCCCCUCUGAGUAUGUACCAACAGUGUUUGACAACUAUGCAGUUACUGUAAUGAUCGGGGGUGAACCAUACACCCUUGGCUUAUUUGAUACAGCAGGUCAGGAAGAUUAUGACAGAUUACGACCUCUAAGCUACCCACAGACAGAUGUCUUCUUAGUCUGUUUCUCAGUUGUUUCACCUUCUUCAUUUGAGAAUGUUAAAGAAAAGUGGGUUCCUGAAAUCACUCACCACUGUCCCAAGACUCCAUUCCUGUUGGUAGGCACUCAGAUUGACCUACGUGAUGACCCCUCCACAGUGGAGAAGUUAGCCAAGAACAAACAGAAGCCAAUCACCCCUGAGACAGCAGAAAAGCUGGCUCGUGACCUUAAGGCAGUCAAAUAUGUUGAGUGCUCAGCCCUAACACAGAAAGGAUUAAAGAAUGUGUUUGAUGAGGCAAUACUGGCUGCCUUGGAGCCUCCUGAACCUAAGAAAAGACGUAAAUGUGUUCUGCUCUAAGUUUCAUCGCAGUCUUCUCCAGCGCCAUUUUCCAAAUCUAGGUUAACAGUACUGAAGAGAUUUCCUGUACAAGCACAUUCCAACAUGAGUUGAGAUAUCAUGAAAUAUUCGCCUUCUGACUGACUUAACCUAAAUACAUAGUCAAUGUGCUGAACAUGAUUUUAAGAUUGAGUAACAUUUGAUGCUGUUUGUGAUGAUUCGAUGCCAUUGAAAUGGUCGUACAUGAUGUGAACACUGAGUACUUAAUGUCAACAAACUGUGGGCAGCAUCAUUAAGUAAUAUGUCAGUUUGACCACAUUAUGUUUAGAGUUUAUUUUUGCAUUUUGACUAUGAAAUGGUAUUUUAGUGGAUCUAAGUGUUGUACGGAGUGCCCUGUAAAACACAAACAAGCUUAUAAUGGUGGGUUAGUGAGACACUCAAAUCUAUAUUAGUGCGACCUACAUCUGUUUCUUACUUUUCAAGUAAUUUCCUUCAAGUUAAUCAUUUAUACUGCAUGUUCAACCCUGUCACGCAAGACAGCCUUUGGCACUGAUGGGGUAUCUGGUAAUAUAGAUCCAACCAAAAUCAUAGAACUCAAAUAUUUUGUUUUCCAGGCAUAUUUUUUAAGAAUUGACACCGUUUUCAAAGUGUUUCACUCAGUGUCAACGUCAACACGGUCUCCUGGAAGAUCUAAGAACUAUAUGAUGUAAUAUGACAUUUCUAGGCUAUGCUUCAUUGUAGUUUCAGUUUGCCUAAAGAAAACCUGAUAAAUUGACGCCUGACAGAGCAGAGAGCCACAGAGGCUGAUAAACAAGUAGGAGAUAUACAGAGCUGGAGUUUUAAACACAAUGUGAACAUUCCAUUGGAAGUUAUCUAUCACGAAUAGUCACAGUCAAUUUAGGUAACUACAUGCAAGGAGUUUGAGCACAACAGUCUCCCAGUCGUUUACUUUUUGUAAGAUAAAUGUUAACAAGGAGGUAAUGGAUGCCCGUAACACUUUAAAGUUGCAAUACCAGAAUUUUGUCUGAGCAUUUCAGUUUAUAACCCCAGGCAGUUUAUAACAUACUUGCUGCUGCACUGCAGCAUCAUUAAGGCAGAUAACAACACAUUGUCACAGCUCUUAAGAAAAGCUUGACAUAGUUUGAGAUCCUGUGAAGACUGUGAUGGUGACUGAACUAGUACUAUUUGCAUUUGUCUUUCACCAUAUCCAUGCCUAGAUGGUGGGCUUGAAUUUGAUUUGUAAAUAUAGUGAGAAUAUACUUAUUGACUGAAUAAAAUGUGUGCAUUACUGAUACCACUGAAUUCAAAUUAACCAGGAAAAGGAUGCGUUUCUUGCACUCUUAUGAUUUUUAUUCAAUUUGACAUCAAAGUUGUACUGUAUCUUGCUUGUGAUAAAGCAUCACAAUAAACCAGUAUUACCAGUAUUAUGAAUAAACCUAACUUCAAAUACUA